AUGGCUAACUUACGUACUCAAAAGAGACUUGCUGCUUCCGUCAUUGGUGUCGGUAAGAGAAAGGUCUGGUUAGAUCCAAAUGAAACUUCUGAAAUUGCUGAAGCUAACUCCAGACAUGCUAUCAGAAGAUUAGUCAAGAACGGUACUAUCGUCAGAAAGGCUGUCACUGUCCACUCCAAGUCCAGAACUAGAGCUUACGCUCUAGCUAAGAGAGCUGGUCGUCACACCGGUUACGGUAAGAGAAAGGGUACUGCUGAAGCCCGUUUACCAUCUCAAGUCGUCUGGAUCAGAAGACUAAGAGUUCUAAGAAGACUUUUGGCUAAGUACAGAGAUGCUGGUAAGAUCGACAAGCACCUAUACCAUGUUCUAUACAAGGAAGCUAAGGGUAACGCUUUCAAGCACAAGAGAGCUCUAGUUGAACACAUCAUUCAAGCUAAGGCUGACACUCAACGUGAAAAGGCUCUAGCUUCCGAAGCCGAUGCUAGAAGAACCAAGAACAGAGCUGCUAGAGAAAGAAGAGCUCAAAGAGUCGCUGAAAAGAGAGAAGCCUUUUUGAAUGAAGCUAACUAA